UCAUCCUUCCACUUAACCCUUCUUCAUUGAGCAACAAAACACACACACACACACAAAAAAUCACCUUGCACAAUAGCGGAUAAGACCCUUUUUAAUCCAUUAGAAAAUUCAAGGAAUUUCUUCACAAUCCCAAUAUCCUAAGUCCUGAAUUUUUUUUUGUUUUAUAUCAUUUUCUUGCUUGCAUUUUUUGAUGGAGUAUUAUUGCCUGAGAGAAGUUGAAGGGAAGCAAGCACAUGACCCUUUAUUGAUAGAGAAAAUGAAGAGGAAUUCAUCAUCAGGUGAGAGAAGUGUGUGGGUUCCAGGGCCAUUAAUUGUAGGAGCAGGGCCUUCAGGGCUUGCAACAGCAGCAUAUCUAAAAGAAAAAGGUGUUCCAAGUUUAAUCCUAGAGAGAUCCAAUUGCAUAGCUUCUCUAUGGCAACUUAAGACCUAUGAUCGUCUUCGCCUUCAUCUACCAAAGCAAUUUUGUGAGCUUCCUUUGAUGGGGUUCCCUUGUGACUUCCCAACAUACCCAUCAAAGCAACAAUUCAUAGAGUAUUUGGAGAGCUAUGCUAAGAGGUUUGACAUUAGGCCACGGUUCAAUGAGACCGUGAAACAUGCUGAAUUUGAUGGCAUGCUUGGGUUUUGGAGGGUGAGGAGCUUCAACAAGAAGGAGGAGUCAACAGAGUUUGUGUGUAGGUGGUUGAUUGUGGCAACUGGGGAGAAUGCUGAGGCUGUGGUGCCUGAGAUUGAAGGAAUGGGGGAGUUUGGUGGGGUUAUAAAGCAUACUAGUUUGUAUAAGAGUGGUGAAGAGUUUAGAGGGAAGAAAGUGUUGGUGGUGGGGUGUGGCAAUUCUGGCAUGGAAGUGUGCUUGGAUCUUUGUAAUCAUAAUGCUACUCCUUCUCUUGUGGUUAGAGAUACAGUACACAUUUUACCACGAGAGAUGUUGGGAAAAUCAACUUUUGGGCUGUCUAUGUGGUUGCUCAAUUGGCUGCCCAUACGGUUUGUGGAUCGGUUCCUUCUGAUGGUGUCAUGGCUGAUUUUGGGUGACACUGCUCGGUUUGGAUUGGAUCGACCACGUUUGGGUCCCCUUCAACUGAAAAACAUGUCCGGAAAGACACCGGUGCUAGAUGUGGGUACUCUUGCCAAGAUUAAAAGUAGACAUAUUAAGGUACGACCAGGCAUCAAGAGGUUAAAACGUUACACAGUCGACUUUGUUGAUGGAUGGAUAGAGAAUUUUGAUGCCAUCAUAUUGGCAACUGGUUACAAAAGCAAUGUACCCCAUUGGCUAAAGGAAGGGGAUAUGUUCUCCAAGGAAGAUGGGUUCCCUACGAAGCCAUUUCCAAAUGGAUGGAAGGGUGAAAAUGGGCUCUAUGCAGUUGGUUUCACAAAACGUGGAAUACUUGGUGCAUCCAUGGAUGCUAAGAGAAUAGCUGAAGAUAUUGAACGGUGUUGGAAAGCUGAGGCAAAGCAUAGCACUGCUUUUGCUCUCUCACUUAAUGUGCCACAGUAUUCAAAUUCAUGAUGAAGGGUUUGAGUUUUGAAUUAGAGGCUCUAGAAAGAAGAGAUUAAGGUUAAUAUAAACAUGUAUGCAUCAGUGGAGAUGGGGGAAUUUUGUGCUGCCAUCACACAUGUGCCCAAUGUCAUACUAGUACCAAGAGUGGUGCUCCUCCAAUCCAUAUACGGAAAAGUGGACAAAAAUGAAACCAAAUUUGGUGCGACAAUGAUUUCCCAUUGUGGUACCCUUCAGCUAAUUUUCAUGGAUUCAAUUCACUUUGUCACAAUGGCUUUAAGAAUGAGAUUAUUGAAUUGAAUUUGAAGGAAAUAGGGAAGUUGGCUUUUCUCUUGUGUUAGGGAAAGGAAGGGAGGGAGGGGGGAAGUUGGUUCUCUGUACAUUUUGUACAGUGCACUUUUUUUAAUGUAGGUUUGACUUUCUAUAGAGCAAGGGAAACAAAGUGAUAGAAAAAGAAGAGGGUUUGAAGGGGAAAUCCCUUAGAGGGCUAGUGCUUGUUAUGUGAUUGUGGUUUAACCUUUAUUCACAAGGAAUUUGUUUUAUUAUUAUUUUUUAUAUAUAGAAUAGAGUUUG